AUGGACGGGACGCCGUCUGCUUCUCCGACGCCUCGGGAUAUACGACGCCUCGCCUCCGAUCAUGACUUUGUUCUUGGCGCCCACCCAACCCCGAGGCGGCUUGGUCUGUGGCCGUUCCUGGUCACUCACCUCUCCUUGAUUGCUUCCCUGGGUGCCGGCAUUAUCUUCGUGGUCGUUGCAAUCGCCUAUACAAGCGUAAUAAGCGAGCAGAUGCUCGAGUGCCCGUCAUGGGCAAACGGCUGCACGAGGGCUGAUGCAUGGACAGUCGAGAAUCUGGGGACGAUCCAGGGUAUCAUCACACUCAUAUACCUUCUUGGCAUGGUAGCUCUGGGGUACUCGGCGUUGGGCCUUUGCGAGGCUACAGUGUGGCCGCUGCUGCACCAGCAGUCGUUUACGAUUGGGGGCCUCGAUGCCUAUUUGGCCACAACCCGGGGAUCCAUCAUGUCGGUGCCUGCGGCGAUCAUGGCAGUGAGGUCACUGUCUGCAGGGCUCGUUCUGGCCGCGGCGCUCGCAGUCACCCUGCUUCCGCUUGCCGCGCCGCCACUUGUUGGACAUGCAUUUACCCCCGUUCGGCAACCUGUCCAACUUGAGAGCAACUACACUCCGGGAGGAGGGAUUGGCGAACUGUAUGCGCAGACGAAUCCGCCAACUUCCGUGAUGGUCCGGAUGCUCGUUGAGUACGACUCCUGGGCAACGAGUCCAUCGUCCGAGCCUCUAUCUCACUACCGUGACUGGUACAUUGACCGGGAGACGCUGAAGGGAAGGGGCAACUUCUCUGCCAAUGCCGUCAGGCUUCAGACGUCCAUCUCCUGUCGCCCGCACACACUGCAGCAGCUAAGGAGGGAAAAUGCCUGGUGGAACGCUUUCCUGACCAAUAUGACUCGCAGCAGCAGCAACUCAACCCAAACUGGCGACAAUAACACCAAUGCGGAGGUCUGGGUCCGUCCGCAAUCACAGCUUACUCUCUGGGCCGAUAGCUUCGAUUUCUUGUCAGACCGCCGCACUCAAACAACGCUCAUUCUCGCGGCACUGAAUGGAACCAUUGAAGGUGGCAGCGUCACUCCAGUUAUCGUUGGGACACUGACCAGCGCAUCUGCCAUAGCAUGCGACGUUGAGAUCGAAGCCAUAGAUGACAUCCUCUCCGUGGGAAGCGAGGGUCCCGUCCCAACAGAAAAUUUCCCCGUCCUCUCUUCCACAUCCGACCUGACCGUCAGCCGCUCCGUGUCCCCGGACACCCGGCUCAACGAGCUUCUCCUCUGGUUCACCGUCGCACCCCUCCUAGCGAGCAGCAGCGUCGACGGCACGCAGCCCAUGUUCGCCAACUCGUCAUCCACCCACCGACCUGUGGCGUUAACCACCUCAGCCACCACCACGACGAUCAUGGACAGCAACACCGACACCAACACCUGGACAAUCCCCGGCCUCUCGGAAUUCAUCCACGUCUCCAUCGGCGCCCUCGCGCAAGCAACCUCGUCCAACCGGGACCAACCCAACUUGAAUCCCAGCACCGUCACGAUACGCUCAGAGACGCUAACAAGGAAACUAUCCCCGUCCCGAGCAAAGCUCCUCACCAUCCUCCCGGCCACAGCGCUCACCAUCCUGGUGCUGAUGACCGUCUACACGGCCUGGCUGCACGCACGGCUGGCCAUCCCCGUCAUGCGGCCCGUCUCCCUCGGCGAGCUGCUCAAGAGCGCCCAGACGGCCUGGCUGCGCGACACGGCGGGCACCGACGCCGCCAAGACAUACCUCCCCAACGAGCUCGGCCGGGUCUGGGUGCGCUACGGCGUCGACGCGGACGGCAUGGCCGGGCUAGGAUCCGGUUUUCGAGGGCUAAGGUGCUACUAG